AUGACAGCCAGUGAGAUUAUCCAAUACCAGACAGUUCGCUAUGACAUUUUGCCUCUAUCUCCUCUUUCCCGUGUCAGAAUAAAUCAAAUGAAAAGAAAAAUCCUAGUUUUAGAUUUAGAUGAAACAUUAAUCCACUCGCAUCAUGAUGGCGUGUUAAAACCAGCAGUGAGGCCGGGCACACCACCAGACUUCAUGCUAAAGGUACUUGUUGACAGGCAUCCAAUCAGAUUUUUUGUACAUAAAAGGCCUCAUGUGGACUUCUUUCUUGAAGUGGCCAGCCAGUGGUAUGAGUUGGUGAUUUUCACCGCUAGUAUGGAGAUCUAUGGUGCAGCUGUAGCAGACAAAUUAGACAACAACAAGAAAAUAUUAAAUCGACGAUACUACAGACAGCACUGCACACUCGAAUUGGGCAGCUAUGUGAAAGACCUUGCAGCGAUUCACAGUGACCUCUCCAGCAUUGUAAUAUUAGAUAAUUCACCUAGUGCAUACAGGGGGCACCCAGAUAAUGCAAUUCCGAUAAAGUCUUGGUUCAGUGAUCCUGGGGAUACAGCUUUAUUAAACCUGUUACCUAUGCUUGAUGCAUUAAGGUUUACUUCAGAUGUUCGGUCUGUCCUCAGUCGGAAUCUCCACCAACAUCGACUGUGGUGACAUUGCAUUCGAUAUUUCUGGCGCACCCUUGUUGAUAGCUCAUACCAGUCCUCUGGUGCUUUGAACAUUGUAAAGCCUGCGCACCAAGGAGGUGUUUUGAGUCUGCAUGAAGUGACAUAAACUCAGUGGACAGUCAAGACCUGUUUACUUCUGCGUGGACAGAUAUCUAUGUGAAUGUUACAAACGUUCAAAUCAGUGCUGAGAUGGUGCAUCGUCAAAUGCAUUUUAAUAUAUCUUUUUUUGUUUAUAAAAUGGUAUUUUUGAGCUCAACUUCCCUCACUUGCCUGAGUUGGAGGUUUUGUUUUGAUGUGUUCUGCCUUUUAAUGUUUGAUUAUGUAAAGAUAAGAUGAUAUCCAUGAGAAUUAACUUAUCCGUUUAAAGGCAACCAGGUUACUUCCCACUGAAAGGGAGUCCAGGUUUUUUUUUAUGUGCUCCGUCCUUCUACAUGAUGCCAAGUUUUCACCAAGUAGUUUGACCAGACGCAGCAUUCCCAAGUCUGAGCCUAUCAAUGGUGCUAAACCACAAAUCUAGAACAAGGCUUUGUUUGGGCCUAGAUUUUUUUAAAAAAUUCCUCCCUAAUGUGAAACAGUUCUGUCAAUUCAGCUUUUAUCAAACAGUAUUACUGCAUAUCAAACGAAGAAUAAAAUCUGAUUUCUAGUA